GGCAACCACCUGCAACCACAUAUGGGACAAAUAAUUGCGAUAGGCGUGCGCAUUGUCUGGCAACUGGGCGUACCAUCUCCACAUCUCUUGUUUUCUUACUAUCAUCAUCUAACGAUACCAGCUCAUCCGCAAGAUACCCCACUCAUUCAAUCUACACUAUCGUCAUGAACACCUCCCCCGCACACAACUGCAAAGGCAGCUUCCUCACUCAACUCUUUGCGCUGCGCCGCAGGAAUCAAAACACGCAUGUCGAGCCCUACAUUCAUGAUCCUGCCGCUGAUGCACCACCACCUCCUCCUCCCAAAGAUUACAACCGGGCAUCAGCGUCUACGCGGCGACCGUUCCUGGGAGAAGAAUACAUCAACGAGAAGCCCCUCCUGUUCGAUGUCGAUCUUAACGUACUAGCGCGGUCACCGCAGCCUGCCUCGCAGCCAAUUCCCGUCGUCCAGCAAACACCGCCACGGGUCCCUGUCAAGGCAUAUUCACCUCCUACCAUACCGUUGACACCCGAAGAGAAAGCACGCCGUAGAUUAGCUGCGCAGCGCCAAUCCCAGUUGGAAAAAGAAGCUAUAUUGAGGGAAGAAUACGAACGCCAAGAGACGAAACGACGUGAGAAAUUGGAGCAAGAACGCCUAGAGCGUGAGGAAGAAGAGGAAAGGAAAGCAGUGUUGCAAGAGGAGCUGCGGGCUGCGGCGCUAAGAAAAGCUAGACUGGAGAGAGAGGAAAGAGAAAUAGAAGAACAGCGAUUGCAAGAGCUACGAGAGAGGAAACAGCUAGAGAAAGAGCGGAGGCUACAAUAUACGAAGGAAAUGGAGCGGUGGCGAGCAGAGCAGAUGCAACGCGCCGAGUCCCAAUGCAGUGAAAAGGAGGAGGAGCGUAGAAGGUCAGUGGAAGGGAGACGCAUGAGAGUUGCUCGCAUGAACGAGGAAGUAUUCUCCGCCAACAGGGCAGAUAAGAUGGUAGGUUGGGUCACGGUACAAGCGCCCAACAUGCUGGCGUGGAAGAGGCGAUAUUACAAAUUUGAACUGGGCCAUGCAGAAUCCAAGAUGCUGCUAUACGGAAAUCCAAGAGAGGUUGUUAAACCCCUCGACGCCCUCCCUCUGGACGGACAGAUCGAUUCGCUUGCAGAAUGGUACGAGGGUUUCGAGGAACUAGAAGCGAUCCCCCACUCGUUUGCUCUGCGCUUUGUUGAUGGCGUCGAAUGGCGGAUGUUCGCAGAUUCGGCAGAAGAGAAGGAUCGACUGCUGGUGCUGCUGAGCGAGGCGGCAGGCAUAAUUUUGUGAAUUAUCUGUGAAAUUUUUAUUUGUUAACUUACGAGACACGACGAGGGAUGAUAUAAAUGUGUAUUCCUAGCAGCAGAGCCCAUAUGUAGUUUUUUCUAGUCCUUCAGCUGGAUAUAGAGGUCAAAUGACACAUUC